AUGAUAAAUGAAUAUGGAUUGGUUCCAAGAGUGGAGCACUAUGGAUGCAUGGUGGAUCUCCUCGGACGAGCUGGGCUUCUUGACGAAGCUUGUGAGAUGAUAACAAGAAUGCAUGUUUUACCCAAUGUGGUAGUAUGGGGUGCACUUAUAGCUGCUUGUAAGGUUCAUAAGAAUCUGAGUUUGGGAGAAUUGGCAACAAGUGAGAUUCUUAAGUUAGAUCCUCUAAAUGUUGGCUGCAAUAUUUUGCUUUCAAACAUAUAUGCUGCUCAAGGUAGAUGGAGUGAUGUUGCAGAAGUAAGAAGAGCUAUAAAGGAUGGAGGACUGAAGAAAGCUCCUGCUGUGAGCUCUAUUGAAUUAAAUGGUACCAUUCAUGAGUAUGUAAUGGGUGAUGUGUCUCAUCCAAAGACUAAGGAGAUUCAUAAUAUGGUUGCCGAAAUGAAAAGGCUACUGAAACAGGCAGGACAUGUUCCAAAUGCCUCUGUGGUUCUGUUAAACAUAGAUGAGGAAGAGAAGGAGAGCACACUUUGCUUCCAUAGUGAGAAUCUGGCUAUUGCAUUUGGGCUUAUUAGCACAGAACCUCAUACUCCUCUUCGAAUUGUGAAGAACCAGAGAGUUUGUGAUGACUGCCAUUCUAGUACUAAGCUUUUAUCAAAAAUUUAUGGGAGGGUUAUCAUUGUAAGGGAUCGGAAUCGGUACCAUCACUUUACGGAUGGAUCCUGUUCUUGCAGAGAUUAUUGGUAA